GCCGACGCAGCAGCGGUCCCAGCUCGCCGAGCCUCGAGACACGCGGGUUCCCGGGCGGCCCGGGAGGGCGCUGCGUGAGGGCGCGCGAGGCGGCGCGGGGCAGGCCGCACGCGCCCCUGGUCGCCCCCCGCCCGCGGGCGGACCGGCCCAGCGCAGCCCCGGCACGGGGAGCGCCGGCCGGGCGAGGGCGCGGGCGAUGCCGCGGUGACGGCCCCGCCAUGGCGAAGCCCCCGGCGGCAGCGGCGGCGGCGGCGGCGGCGGCGUCGUCGGAGGAGCUGAGCCAGGUGCCGGACGAGGAGCUGCUGCGCUGGAGCAAGGAGGAGCUGGCGCGGCGGCUGCGGCGCGCCGAGGGCGAGAAGGUGGGCCUCAUGCUGGAGCACGGCGGCCUGAUGCGCGACGUGAACCGGCGGCUGCAGCAGCACCUGCUGGAGAUCCGCGGCCUCAAGGACGUGAACCAGCGGCUGCAGGACGACAACCAGGAGCUGCGCGAGCUCUGCUGCUUCCUCGACGACGACCGGCAGAAGGGGCGCAAGCUGGCGCGCGAGUGGCAGCGCUUCGGGCGCCACGCGGCCGGCGCCGUGUGGCACGAGGUGGCCCGCUCGCAGCAGAAGCUGCGCGAGCUCGAGGCGCGGCAGGAGGCCCUGCUGCGUGAGAACCUGGAGCUCAAGGAGCUGGUGCUGCUGCUGGACGAGGAGCGCGCGGCGCUGGCGGGGGGCGCGGGCGGCGGCGGCGGCGGCGGCGGCGGCGGUGGCGCCGGCUCCCGUAGCUCCAUCGACAGCCAGGCCAGCCUGAGCGGGCCGCUGGCGGGCGGCGCGGCCGGAGCGGGGACCCGCGACGUGGGCGACGGCAGCAGCACGUCGAGCGCCGGCAGCGGCGGCAGCCCCGACCACCACCACCACGUCCCGCCCCCGCUGCUGCCCCCCGGGCCGCACAAGGCCCCGGACGGCAAGGCUGUCGCAACGCGCAGGUCCCUGGACGACCUGUCGGCGCCACCGCACCACCGGAGCAUCCCCAACGGCCUGCACGAUCCCUCGUCCACCUACAUCAGGCAGCUGGAGACCAAGGUGAAGCUGCUGGAGGGUGACAAGCUCCUGGCACAGCUGCCCCGCCCCUAUGGCCGCCCGAGAAGCUGGCUUCAGGCAGGCUCCGGAGAGUUCCGGACACUGCGGAAAGGCUUCUCUCCGUACCACUCGGAGUCCCAGCUCUCCAGCCUGCCGCCCUCCUACCAGGAUGCCCUGCAGAAUGGCCCGGCCUGCACGGUUCCCGAGCUGUCCCCGCCCCCCUCAGGCGGCUACAGCUCUUCGGGACAGAAGCCGGAGGCUGUCGUACACGCGAUGAAGGUCCUAGAGGUCCAUGAGAACCUGGACCGGCAGCUCCAGGACAGCUGUGAGGAGGACCUGAGUGAGAAGGAGAAGGCCAUCGUCCGAGAGAUGUGCAACGUGGUCUGGAGAAAACUGGGAGAUGCCGCCAGCUCCAAGCCCUCCAUCCGGCAGCACCUGUCUGGAAACCAGUUCAAAGGGCCUUUGUAGGGCCGUUCCUCCAUGGACGUGGACUGGCCCUGCCUGGGGUCCCCAGACGUGGGCAGGCCCUCGCGCCGAGCCACCGUCUUCUUUUUCUGUGGUGAAUUGUACAUAGGACGCUGCCCGCUGUGGCCUGGCUGCCGGGGACGCGACUCCACUUCCCACCUCUCACACACCAGCAAACCGGGAAGCCUAUUCCCCGCAGCAGAGCGCCUGGACAGCCUCGUUCCUGCUCUGGGGCCCGGGCUCUGGGCUCCACUGGCGAGAGGCUGAGGCUGUUCAGAAAUGCCCGGCCCAGGAACCGUGCCAGGCUGUGCCCAGCCUGGGUGGAGGGGCACCUCCUCAAGCCCUGCAUCCCCGGCUGCCACCUGUGCUGGACAGAGGCCGCGGGCAGCUGGACUGAUGCACGGGGCACCACUUCUGACCCGCCUGCUGUGGCCUGGACACUGGCUCCAUAAGCACUGGGUCCCCAGAGUCGUGGACGAGGAAACUCGCCCGCGGCCCUUCCUCUGGCCCCAGGGCCCAGCCUCCCCGCUGCCGGCUCUGCUUGUUUUUAGAGUUCACGCCCCUACCCCUGGCCACACACUCUGCAGUGUCCCCUCACCCUGUCCUAGGCCGUGCCCUGUCCUUUUGGGUCCCUCCUGACCAGGGCCCUCCAUUUCUGUGCUUCGCGUCAUGGGCUGCGUGGACUCUCUGGGCUGGGCCUCUCUCUCUGCAUGGGUGGCACUGGGCCGUGGCCGGGCCUCUGCUCAGGAACGGUUGCCCCCGGAGCUUGGCCCCCUCUUGGAUCACUGUGGACGGAGUCGCGUGGCCGCAGGUGAAGGAGUUCUGCCCUCCUUGGGAGGAGCCCUGCUUGGCUCUGGUUUUCAUUUUCCUGUGUGACCCUCAGCAAGUCACUCAGCCUCUCUGGGCCCCUGGUUGGGAAAGGAGGGCUCAGAGGUUCGAGGCCAUCAGCUCUAGUCAGGCUGUGUCCUCACUCACAGCAAGCGAGCCAACGGGGUCCUCCUGCUGGAGAAGCGGCUGGUGGGUGGGCUGGGAGAGGCGGAGGCCCCAGCUGAGUUCCGCUGCCUUGCUGCCUCCUCUCGGUGGACGGUCACGUCCCUUCCUGAGCCUCGGCGUCCUCCCCUGCAGAGUGGGCAGCCUAAGGCCCUCCUUGCAGGGCUCUGGGGAUCAAAUAAGACCCUUCAGUGUAAAAGGAUCGUGUAUAAACUGUAAAGCGAGACAUGUAAAUUUUAAAGUUUGUGUGCGAGGGCAUUGAGGCCCCGAGGGGGUAAGUGAUCAGUGGCGUAUCACAAACGAGAUCCCAGAGCCUGGAGGGCGGCGACAGGCCGCUGUUGUAACCAGCCCCCCGUCCACCCGCCGUCUGCAGUUCCUCCCCUAUCGCUGGACUCCAGCGGUCAUUAGAGCUCUGUGCGCGGGCGAGCGAAGAGCCCGAGAGGCUGGCUUGGCAUCGGGCAGGCAGGCCUCGUCCCGAGGCUCACGCGAGGGGCGGGGACCAGGUGAGGGGACGGACGAGGCUGCCCCGUCCCUCUCCCCAGCGGGGACUCUGAGCCGUCCCCGCCUGUCUGCCACUGGCACCCUUGGGUCGACACUCGGGAAAGGCCCGCGGCCCUCACUGUGCCCGAGGGGUGCUGAACGGGUGCCGGGGACGGCGUCGGGCACGGUCCUCUUGCCCUGGGUGUUACAGGAAGCUAUGGGCUCUCUGGAAGGAGCUGGUCCUUAGGUCACGUGGUGAGUUCCCUGUCACUAGGGGUGUGCACUUGGAGCUGGGUGAACAUCCUUGGUCAUGUUCUGGGUUGACUCCUGCCCGGGUGGGCAGUCAGCUGGAGGGCAGAGGCCCCCUCCCGGGCCUUGGAGCCCAAAGAACUACGGAGCAGCUCGAGGGGGUCUGGGUCUGUUGGGUGAGAGCCACAUCUGAGAACCCGUGUGUCACGUCUGGGUCAGGCUGGCUUGGCCACCACUGAAAAUAAGCAAUAAGUCAGGUGUCCUGGUGACUGCAGGUCUCCUGCAAACUGACCCAGGCACGAACAGCCUCCAAGGGACCUUUCCCUGCCGGAGGGAGGUGACCCUGCCCCCUAGUGCUGCGGCCGCGUCCGAGGAGUGGGUCAGGCGUUCCCUCCAGAAUCAGCCUCCCACCCACCAUGGAGGCAGCACCAGCCGGUGCCCGACGUCUCCUUCCUGCCCCUGCCUGGGUCCCGGAGUCGGCGCUGCGGCUUUCGAGGACAGAACCCUGCCUGUGACGGCAUCUCUUUUAACGUUAAGCUGUCGAAAAGCCUGCAGCGCCCCUGCGCGCCCCACGCCGGCCUGGGGCCCAGCGGCAGCGGGAGCCCGCGGCUGGGAGGAGGGUCCCGGGCGCCGGCUCGGGGUGAGUCCCGCUCUGCCCCUAGCAGGGAGUGUGCGGAGGCUGACACCGGCGGCCCUCCCAGCUGGAGCCUCAGCUCUGAGAGCUCGUGGUGGGGUGUUGCUGAACCUGGUGUCCUUUCAUCAACACCGAUCCUGGUGGCCGAAGCCCCGUGUGACACCUGUGCUCAGUGGCUUCCUUUCCCGCUGUGAUGGCUGUCACCCAGCCUCGUCCCAGGUGGCCAAGCCCAUCCUGGAAUCGGAAUCCACUGAGCACAUUUUUAUCCAAAAGUUAUUAGCCACACAUCAGUGUUGUUUAAAGAGAAAAAAGUGACCUUUCUUUUUGUUUUUCUUGAAAACUUGAGAGGAAACAAUACAUACUACUGACUUGUUUUUUUAGAAACAAAGGAAAUGCGUGACUGCAGAGCGGUAGAGGUGUGUCUUUUUCAAAACGUGGGGGAAGUACCUGUGCUGCUCUCUGGGAAUGGGCGGGCCGCCUGGCCCCCGUCCCCAGGCUGGCAGCUGCACCCUACCUACCUUCUGUCGGAUGUGACCGCCCGAGUACUGGGGCCGCCCCCUCCCCGGCUCUGGGCAGAGCUGGGAGCCCUGGACUCCUGUGCCCGUUUCUACCUUCUGUUGAACCACUUUGAUUUGGGGAGAGAAAAAAAAUUAGAACUUUUUGAUAGUGUGGUAAAAACAUUGAUUUGAACUAUUUUAGUAAAAGGAGUAACAGAGAAGACUGUGAUAGUGUAUACUUUGCGCUAGAUAAAUAAAGGCUCUUUGCAAGCCUCCGUGGUGGGUAUGCAGUGCUCAUUUUGUUUUGGGUGAUGGGGCCCCUCAGGGUGGAUGGCCUCUAUCUAGUCAUAGGCCAGAAAUGCAAAGCAUUUCAAAUCCAAACCCUGGUCUAACCCAGGAACCUGUCUAUGGAGGGACACUGACAGUUUCCUCCCAAGAAAGCCCAUGCAGGUGCUAGAUGUGGGAGGCUGCCCCAGGGGGGUCCCGCCUGGGGAGGGGCUUGGGUCUGGCCGGUGGCCACUGCCUGCUG